AUGAAGCUCACAGAGUCCUUUGUAAUAUUACUUUACCUAUUCCAAGUAAAGUCUCAGAGCAAAAGAACUAAUAAAAUGUUGAAGACUUCAUCUCAAGAUAGACAAGUUCCUCAGCAAGGCAUUGAAGAAUACCCUCUUCCCAUCCAAUCAAUAACUUCAUCUAACAUUUCUAUACUGGAACAUCUAACAAUCUCAACAAGAGGUCCCUUGUUGACGCCUCCACGUGAGCACAAAUCCUCAGAAGAUAUGAAGCUUCAUCUUCUGAAGAACAAACAAGUGACUUGUAAUGAUGGCACAACUGCAGGGUACUACAUCCGAGAAGCCAAAGCAAACAAACGAUGGAUUAUAUUUCUAGAAGGGGGAUGGUGUUGUUACAGUAAAGAAACUUGUGAUAUCAGAUAUAAAAGUGCCAAACGGUUAAUGAGUUCCUCAAACUGGCCAAAGACCAGGAAAGGUACAGGAAUUCUCUCGCCCAGGCAGGAUGAGAACCCUCACUGGUGGAAUCUAAAUGCUGUUUUCGUGCCAUACUGCUCAAGUGAUGUCUGGAGUGGAAAUGUAUCCAAAGUUAACAAUGAUUAUUCAUUCAUGGGAUCAUUAAUAAUUCAGGAGGUAAUUCGUGAUUUGGUACCAAGAGGCAUUAAACAGGCCAAAACUGUCAUUCUGGCUGGUUCUAGUGCCGGAGGUACUGGAGUCCUUAUUAAUAUUGACAGAGUGUCAGCACUUGUGGAAGAACUAACAGCGGACACUGUGCAAGUACGAGGCCUCGUUGAUUCCGGGUGGUUUUUAGAUAAGAGACAUGCAAAAUCUGAUUGUAUGGAUGGCUCCUCGUGCGCAUUAACUGAUGCAAUCAAGAAGGGUUUGAGGCUUUGGAAUGGAGUACUUCCAGAUAAAUGCAGACAACAAUUUAAGAGAGGGGAUGAGUGGCAGUGCUUCUAUGGUCCCAAAUCAUUCAUAUCGAUGAGAUCCCCUAUCUUUGUGGUUCAGUGGCUUUAUGAUGUGGAACAGCUAAGAAUAGAAAACAUCCAACCUGAUUUCCAAUUCAUGACAGCAAAUCAGUGGAAUAGCAUACAGAUCAUUGGGCGAGAGCUAAAGAAGUCGCUGCGUGAAGUCCCGGCAGUAUUUGCUCCAGCCUGCUUCUCCCACACACUUGUUACAGAAAGCAACUGGCUGGAUUUCCAAGUAAAGGGUGUAAACUUAGCUCGAGCUCUGCAAUGCUGGGAGAAAAGCCUACAGGAGCGAAGGAAUCAAAAGACUGUCAUGCGUGGAUGUCCCUUUCAUUUAAUAGAUAACUGUCAUUGGCCUCAUUGCAAUCCCACAUGUCCAGCUCUUCAUGACCCGGUCACUGGCCAAGAAGUUACAUUAUUGCAAAUGUUUCUCAGGCUGAACCUUGAAAACCAGAAGAGAGGUCAGGAGCCCAAAGGAGAUCUAAACCAGCUGAUGGCCAUGCUAAGAAAUGGUGGUUAA